AGACGGAAAUUCGUAGAGAGAGAGAGAGAGAGAGAGAGAGAGAGAGAGAGGAGAGUAGCUACAGAAGUGGAAGAGACCUCCUUUUGCUGAACACAUCGGAGAGAAAGCUCUUCCAGGUCUAUCACAGAAAUGGGUGAAGAGAAUAAAGAGGGGAAGAAGGAGGAGGCCAAGGAAGGAGAGAAGAAGGACGAGAAGAAAGAGGAGGCGCCGCCGGAGAUCGUGCUCAAGGUCGAUAUGCAUUGCGAGGCCUGUGCCAGAAAAGUUGCAAGAGCUCUGAAAGGGUUUGAAGGUGUGGAAGAGGUGACCACAGAUAGCAAGGCCAGUAAAGUGGUGGUGAAAGGGAAGUCGGCAGACCCUGUAAAAGUGUGCGAGAGGCUGCAAAAGAAAAGUGGGAGGAAAGUGGAGUUAAUCUCGCCUUUGCCCAAGCCUCCCGAGGAGGAGAAAAAGGAAGAAGCCAAAGAACCACCCAAGGAAGAGAAAAAAGAGGAGCCUCCGGCUCCGAUAACGGUCGCGUUGAAGGUUGGAAUGCAUUGCGAAGCAUGCGCUCAAGUUUUACAGAAACGAAUUCGGAAAAUUCAAGGAGUAGAGACAGUGGAGACCGACGUCGCGAAUGAUCAGGUGAUAGUCAAAGGCGUGAUCGACCCGUUGAAGCUGGUUGACUACGUGAAAAAGAGGACAGGGAAGCACGCGUCGAUCGUGAAGGACGAGGAGAAGAAGGAAGAGGAGAAGAAGGAAGAAAGCAAGGAAGGAGAGAAGAAGGACGGCGAGGAAGGGAAGGACGACGACGACACGAAGAUGGACAUAAAGAAGAGCGAGUACUGGCCCUCCAAGUACUACAUGGAAUAUCACUCGUACCCGUCUCAGAUCUUCAGCGACGAGAACCCGAACGCUUGCUCUGUGAUGUAGUGCAGAGAGUUUCGAACCUCGGACUCAGUUAAGAGUACGUGGCGAGGCAAUUUUCCGUUGUACUUAAAGCUUGCCAAUAAAGACAUUCGCGAGACCGGGAGUCGUUGGCUAAUUGUAAUCCGUUGAUGUUCUGUAAUCUGUGUUACUAAUUGUCUACUCUCUUGAUGUGAAAGUGUAGAUUGAAUUUUCAGCAAA